UUUCAAACUUACACUGAUAAAGACAGACUCCAAGUAAGCAGAGUCACUGAGUUUGCAAUUACAAAAGGUCCAAUAAUCUGAUCUGGUAAAUACCAACAGGUAAUACAGAAAACCAGUGAGAGUUGGCCAUGGCUGAUGCCAGUCCUAGGACUGAUAUUUCUACGGAUGUUGAUACUGAUGAUAAAAAUCAGCAGUAUGAUAGAAAUCAAUCCCUUGUUGCUGUGGCUUCUGAUUCUAGUGACAGAUCAAAGGAUAAAUCAGAUCAGAAGACUCUCCGCAGGCUUGCUCAGAAUCGUGAGGCAGCAAGAAAAAGCCGAUUGAGAAAGAAAGCCUAUGUCCAACAACUGGAAAGCAGUCGUUUGAAGUUGACCCAACUAGAGCAAGAGCUUCAACGAGCUAGGCAGCAGGGAAUCUUUAUAUCAAGCUCAAGCGAUCAAACAAAUGCAAUGAGUGGAAAUGGAGCCAUGGCAUUUGAUGUAGAAUAUGCAAGGUGGUUAGAAGAGCAGAAUCGCCAAAUUAAUGAGCUAAGAGCAGCUGUAAAUUCUCAUGCUGGUGAUACAGAACUUCGCAUGAUUGUUGAUAACAUAUUGGCCCACUAUGAUGAGAUUUUUAGGCUGAAAGGUAUUGCAGCUAAGGCUGACGUUUUCCAUUUGUUGUCCGGCAUGUGGAAAACACCUGCAGAGAGAUGUUUUUUAUGGCUUGGUGGCUUUCGAUCGUCUGAGCUCCUCAAGCUUCUGAUAACUCAAUUGGAACCUCUCACGGAGCAGCAGCUGGUUGGCAUUACCAACCUGCAGCAAUCCUCUCAACAAGCAGAAGAUGCAUUAUCUCAGGGUAUGGAAGCUUUGCAACAAUCCCUGGCUGAGACAUUAUCUAGUGGGUCUCUCGGAUCUUCUGGUUCAUCUGGGAAUGUGGCAAAUUACAUGGGCCAAAUGGCUAUGGCCAUGGGUAAGCUUGGCACACUUGAGGGUUUUAUUCGACAGGCUGACAAUUUGAGGCAGCAAACACUACAACAAAUGCACCGUAUAUUGACAACUCGCCAGUCGGCUCGGGCCCUUCUGGCUAUACAUGACUACUUCUCUCGACUUCGUGCUCUUAGUUCCCUCUGGCUGGCUCGCCCAAGAGAUUGAAGGGUAGAAGAUUACCUGCUAUAAUAAUUUGGCUUUCAUGGACCUGGCACCAGCAAUGCUUGACCGUCAUAGGUACUACCUUUACAGGUUUUCUUGUGUUGUAGUCUUUCUGUAAUACUGAUUGUAGUGCUUCAUUUAGCCACACUCUGUAGAAUUGGUGAGAAGCAGACAGUAUGUCUGGAUAUUUAUCACUAAUAAUAUUGUCCACUGUAAUUGUAACUUGACUGAAAAUCUGUUCAUUCUCUGUAAGUUGUAUCAGCGUAUCAUUCUUGGUGUUAUCACCAAGUUGAAUUUUUGGCCCCGCAA